AUGGCGACUACAGCACUGGAGUCGCAAGCUCAGCAGCCUGAUCUAGGCAAGCCACAGUUCGCGUCUCACACAUGGCUCGAACCAAUUGUUGUCGUGGGGAUAAUGAUUGGGUCUCUAAUUGUCAAUCGCCGCAGAAACUAUAGCAUACUGGGGAGGAAAUCGUCAGGAUUGAAUGACACAUACCCCGAUGAGGAUGAGGAUACAUAUGGAGGUAACGGCCAGUAUUCGAGAACGCAGAGCGUAUGUGGGAUCACGUUCAAGACACCAGAUUCAUCCCGAUGGGCGCACCACAUCCACAGCCGGAUAAUCCAGAAAUAUCCGUUCCUAGUCGAAAUGUUCUACUGGGCUGUGAACUUUUUAUUUUAUUCCUUCACGAAAGCCAUCGCACAGUGGCUAUCACCCGCUGAGAUCGGCGUUGUUCAGGUUGCGCAAAACCACGCCAUCGAUAUCCUUAACUUCGAGCACAAGUCCUUCUUCAGCUUCCUUUUCAUCGAAGAGUCGGAAUUCCAAUCGUUCUUUAUGACCAACCACCCGUCCAUCAUGACUUUCUUCAACCGCAUUUAUUCGCUCGUCCACAUUCCCGGAACUGUUUUGUUUCUCUCAUGGUACUACUACGCGGCGGAAGACCACAACGCCUUCGCCGUGGCACGACGGACUAUGACCCUAGGUAAUUUUGCGGCGUUUAUGAUCUUUUGUUUCUACCCUUGCAUGCCACCGCGAAUGCUUCCCGAAGCCUAUCAUUUCUACGAUACUGUCCGCCAGGACCACGCCGAGAGUGUCUGGGUAGGCGGGCAAUCCAUCAACCAGCUCGCCGCCAUGCCCAGUCUUCACUUCACCUACGCCUUUGUCAUUGGAUGCACGUUUCUCUACCAUUCCGGUAUCCUGCCUAAGUUCUGUGGCCGACCCGCGAGGAAGUCCCUCUUCAAACAGAUCUUGUACAUCACGCUUGCGAUCGUUUAUCCACUACUAGUCCUCGGUGUUAUUGUCGCCACUGCAAACCACUACUGGUCAGAUGCCUUGGUAGCGAUGUUCUCCGUCGCCAUAUGCUUCCUUGGGAAUCGGGUUCUGUUGCUAUUGCUUCCCGUCGAGUAUUUGGUUUGUUGGGCACUACGGCUAGCCAAGCCGAAGCCCACCACUGGAUACCGGUCUCUCAGCAAAUACCAUUCGAGACAGGAUGACGUCCAGUAUAAUCCUGUAUAG